AUGCAGGUGGAUAUUGGAGACUCACUUUCCUCCACUGCUUCCUCCACCUGUUCCCUAAGUGUAAGAUGCGGUCUACGUCGAGGCAGGUUCUAUUCAGUUAACCCAAGUGAUCCUACCAUCACACCGGGAACACAGAAGAAGACUCUGGACACGCAAGACUCCAUUGCUGCCUUUCUCAUGGCUUCGCAGAGGCAAUCUCAAGUCUACUAUGACACUGAAGAAAAGAAUCUGAUGCGACUCAGUUCCAUUCACCGGAAGGUGACGACUCGAGUCCUGUUGUUUGUAUUUCAGAAUGGCUCACCCGGUAGAUCCGAAUACUCGUCAUUGCUAGACUACUACAAAGCCCAGGGUAUUCUGAAUUUUGCAAAAGGACUCACUGCUGUCCAGAAGGAAAAGGUCAAGAAUGACCGAGACGGGGAAUCAUUCGACAUUACACUGCUGUGCAGGUGCCUUUGCAAUGGGAGCCAUGGCCUGGCCAAGGACUAUGAAAGCUGGAAAGCACAGGACAAAGAAAUUGCUGGCAUAGAAUCUCUCAUAACCAUUGUCAAAAAUAAAAGGAAUCAUCUUGCUCACGACGACCACCCGCCCAUCACAAACAAGAACCUCGCCGAGGAAGCAAAAGAGAUUCAAGACAUCCUGACCAGGAUUCUAAAAUUUAGUGGGCAGAUUUAUGGUCUUGAACCAGGCACAGUAGAACGUGAGAUUGACGAAGUGGAAUCUGAAAUUAGGUUGUACCUUCAUGGCGAGUUUGAAGCAAGUACAUUUGAAGACUACAAGAAGGAGAUGCUCUUUGAAGCCCUGUCAGACUUAGUCAAUGAAAAAGGUGUCAAGGAAGUGCUUCAGCAAUAUGACAUGGCUUACGAAAGUGAAGUGAGCACUGUGAACCAUUUAGCUGAGGUCAAAGUCCCUUUAAAGGAAGUUUAUACAGAAAUGAAACUUAGAGGAGAGUUGCCAUCUGGAGAAGAGGUCAGUGCUUUAUAUGAGAAUGUUUUGUGUGACCAGAGUUCAGAAAAAACAAAUUAUAUUGUUGUAAUAGAUGGCGUAGCUGGGGUUGGGAAAACAACACUGACAAAAAAGGUUGUGACUGACUGGAAAUUAAAGGAGGGGAACAUGAAAUACCUUGACACCUAUGAUCUCUUGCUGAAAGCUGAGUGCAGAAACUCAGCCAUAAAGUCAUUCGACGAUUUACUAUAUCACCUUAUGCCGAGGGUUUCCAAACUAUUCAAACCUGGUGAUCUAAAGAAGGUGGUGCUUGCUCAGAGGGUGCUCAUCGUACUGGAUGGUCUGGAUGAACUGAAUAAGUCAUCAGCUAAUUUGCUUGGGGAAAUUCUUGACCUUAAGACACAUUUUGGAAUAACACUGCUGAUUACAACAAGACCUGAGAAGCUAACCUAUUUACACCAAAGAGUGAAUUCCCACAACUUGAAGCACAUCCAGCUUUUGGGAAUUCCUCUGGAAAGAAGGGAUGAUUUUGUUACCAAAUAUCACAGAGAGAUUGCUAAGAUAUAUUCACAAGCACAAGAUGUAAAAGGUCUAAUCAGCUACCUGAAGGGAACCGAACAUCGUUUAGCUGACUUAUGGAGGCUGCCAUAUAACCUUUCUUUACUGAGUAUAUUAUGGGCUUAUGACCACAUGAAUGUCAUCAGAAUUAACACUGCUCCCGAACUAUAUGGAGAAAUAUUCAGGCUGUACAGAAACAAACUGAAAGAAAGACUGCAAGUCAGUAUACCAGCAGAUGAAUCUGUGUUGCGCAGGAAGAUUGAUUACUUCUUGCAUGCUUUAAGCAAAGAAUCCCUAAUGGGACUCAAGAAUGAUCAAAUUAACAUACCACAACCAGCCUAUAAGAGAAUGGAGGAAGUUUGCAGAAAUAUACAAGUUCCCAUUGAAGAGAUGAUCAGUGCGUUCCUUAAGCGCGUUCCUAGCAAAGACGUGAUAUACUCAUUCCCACACAAAGGUCUCCAAGAUUUUCUCGCAGCUUGGUACAUUUUUCUGGAAAUCUCUGGGGAAGAUCAUGGACAUGACAUAGAAGAGAUAAUGAAAGCAGUAACUUCAUGUCUUAUUCAGAACAGGGUUUCACCUAAGGUGAGUAACACCAUUGUGGAGACGGUAAAGAAGGAACUAACAAAUAAGCACAAGACCACAAGACUUGGUUUUAGGACAGCUGUUAAUUCAAUGCUACAGUCAUUUUUAAGCCCCAAAACACGUGUCAUUCGGAAUUUGCUAGAAGACAUUCAUGGCUCCCCUCAGUUAGAAUUAGCAAAAUUUGAAAACACAUUAUUUUGUUUGAUUGGCCUGUUUUAUUCUGAAGAGGUCGAAAUUGCCGAAGAUGUCAAACUAGAAGCGUUGGAGCUCCUCCAGGCGACUGGAAUGAGAGACAGAGAUUCAUGGAUCAGAAUACUCAACUCUGUCAAGUGUGAUGAGUUCAUUGCUGCCUUCAUCAGUAAGCAGCAAAAGGUUUUCAGUGGGAACAUUCAGAUGACAGAUUCAUCAGUGUCUGCCUACAUUGCUCUCUUAAAAUCUCUGAAGCGCCCUUUCAAGGAGGCCAGGACAGUGAGGAUUGACAUUGCCAUUGAGGGAGAGCUAAUGGGAGCUCAUGAAUUGCUCCACUUGAUCAGUUCAUUCCAAAUGACAAUUAAGAAACUACUUAUAACUCACAGAAAUUACAAAGAGUACACUGACAUGAUAAGAAAGCUCUCAUCACCCCUGAAAGAUGAAGGUGAUAUUGAAGUUGACAUUGCUGUCGACGAAGACUUGCGCAACAUCGGGGAACUACUAACUGUGGUAAAACAACGCAACUUGAAGGUUAGAAGGCUCAAAGUGCACGAUCUUGAAGUUCGUGAUUCCAAUGUUGUGGAGUAUGUCAAAAUGCUGAAGUCUCUUCCACAAUUGUCUCCAAGCGCUAAUCAUAACAUUGUCAAAAUUAAUGUCGUUGGUGAUCUGAUCGGAGCUGAUGAACUCCUGGAACUCCUCGUGCAUCAACAUUUCACAGUGAGGAAACUGCUGAUUAAUGACAAUAAUUUUACAAAAUAUACUGACCUGCUGGGUAAGAUAACUAUGUCUUUUAGGGAUAAAGAAAAGCUAGAAAUAACUUUAAAUGUAGAUGAAGAUUUACGGCAGCUCACCGCCCUAUUGAAUCUCAUCAAGAAAAACCAGUUUCAGGUCGUACAAUUUAAAGUCAAGGAUUUUAUUAUAGAUGACACAAACUUCCCUGAAUACAUUUCAGCCCUCAAGGAGAUGCCGCCAUCAGACCAGGCAAAUGAAACAUGCAUUGAUCUUGAAAUUACUGGAAACUUAAUAGGAGCCAGUGAUUUACUCACCUUGAUAAAUCUCAGCGGAUUCACAGUCAGGCGAUUUAUGGUAACUGAACAUAAUUUCACAGCCUACACAGCAAUGCUAGAAGGAAUGGCUACGACUUUCAAGGAAGCGAGUAAAGUUGAAAUGCACUUACUUAUUGAUGAAGAUAUUUCCACCAUCAGCAGACUGAUAACAGAAAUAAAGAAGAAACGUCUUCAUAUUAACACAUUCCAAGUGAGAGAUUUUGAAAUAAACGAUUCUAACAUCACUCUGUGCCUCCUGAUCCUGAGGUCUUUGUCUCUGCAAUGCCGAAACGACGAAAAGCCCAGUGCUAAAAUUGCCAUCAAGGAAGGCGCAAGAAUCAGUCAUGACUUGCUUCAACUUAUCAGAAUCUAUGAAAUUAAUGUGGAGAGCAUCUUAAUAACAGACUCAAACAUUGAGAGAUAUGUUAAUGUACUGUCACAUCUUUUGGAACCCUUGAAAGAUGCCAGUAAUGUGAACAUAGAUAUAGAGGUGACGACCAGUCUGCCUGAUAUACAAGAGAUUCUGACAUGGACCACACGUCAUGGUUUCCACUUGAGAAAACUGAAUGUUGAAAAUGGAAAGAUGCUUAUCAACACUCAAAAUGCAAAAUAUUAUAUCUUGCCUCUUAAGAACCUGCCAAAGCUUGAGAAAAAUGCAUAUGAAGGGGAGGUUUAUGUGUACAUAGAUGAGAUGACCGAAGUUACUGACACCAUUCUUUGCGAAUUGGCAAGAAACGAAUUCAAGGUUGUCCUAGACCUAUACCAUGACUUCAAGAACCCUAUGGCACCAACAACAUCCACUGACGUACUAAACGUUCUCUUCGAAAAGUGUCGAGUAGAGAAGUAUGUUGGGAGGAUGUCAGGAGACCUGCGGCUUCCUCAGACACUAUACACACUGUGGGCAAGUGUUCCUGAUAAUUUGGCCUACUUUCAACUCCAUCGCUUUCUCAGGCCUGACCGUCAGCUGGAUGCUUUGUGUGUCAGUGUCAGUCUUAAUUUGGACCCAAAGAAAAUUAUUCCACUAAAAAAUGACCUGAUGUACCAUCUUAGCGUUUGCUUCCCUGGGGUGAUCUCUGAGGAGGACGUUCUGAAAGCUACUGAAAUUGCCAUGAAGUUUGAGCCCACCAGCAGAGAGCUAGACUAUCUCCUGUUCCCACGGCUGAACCUGACGCAAGACAAAGAGGUCAUCUGCUUCGUAUCCAACAUGCGACGUCUGAGAGUUACAGAAGCGAUCAUCCUGCCCAAGUCACUCAAGGAGUCAAAGAAAUUCGACUCAUUCACCCGGCCCAAGCCACUCAUAAGGUCACAGAAAAAACUCAUUAAGAAAGAUAUGAGUCUCAAUAUUGAAUGGUAAGUGAGCACCUCUGUC